AUGGCGUAUCCGAAAAAGUGAGUGAAGCUCAAAAAUCAGAUCUGGGACCUCAUUUCACGAUUUUUUUCAUUACUUUCAGAUCGGUGUUAGCAUUAUCACCGGAAAAGAAUGUCAAUAUUUCACCUGUAAAAUUGAAACCAAAAUUAUCAAACGAAAAAGAUGCAAAAAAACAAUCGAAUGAAAAAAUCAACAUUGAUCGAACAACUUUGAAAAUUGAUUGGCAAAAAGGAAUCAAUGAUUCGAUUGACAAAAAAAUGAAAGAAUUUGUUGAAAAAGUUUAUAAAAUUGGUGAGAACCUUUUCAAAAUUAACAAUAAAAUAUCUAUGAAUUUCCAGAAAGUGAAAAACGACUUGGCCCACAUUUUCUGGCAAAUCUAAUAAAUAUCCCAAAUCGAGAUCAAAAAUUCACAAAUUUUCUUGCAUUUCCUGGAAAGAAUCGAAAUCCUGAUGUAUUUUGUCUCGAAACAACUCGAGUGAAAUUGAAGAAUAGUUCUAGUGAACGAGAUUAUAUUCAUGCAAAUUAUAUAUCGAUUGAAAAUUCGAAAAAAGCAUAUAUAGUUACACAACAUCCAAUGACAAAUACAAUUGAAGAUUUUUGGAGUAUGGUUGUAAAUGAACACGUUGAAGUUAUUGUUUCGUUGACAAAUUUAGUCGGACCUGAUUUUCCCCAAUUUUAUCCGAAAUCCAAGUAUGCUUUUGUUGAAUUUGGAAAUUAUCAAGUUAUUUGUAAAAGUGUCAUACAAGGUUCUCUCAAAUAUGGACCACUUUUGUAUAAUUUGGAAAUUGUGAGAAAUGGAUGUUCACAUGGUGCAAAUGUACAAUUAAUGAAAUAUUCACAUUGGGCAAAAAAUCUGGUGCCGGUUCGAACAAAAGUUGUUUUAUCAAUUUUGAAACAAAUCAAUAAGACUGUAAGUGAGACAGCACGUGCUGAUUGAUUGUAGAAAAAGCUGGAAUUAAAAAUAUUUGUAGAUAAACAUUUCAAACCAAAACUAUUUCCGAUUAUUUUCAGAAGUUUUUCGGACCAGUUCUUGUUCAAUGCGAAACUGGAAUCAAUCAAUCAGCAGCAUUGAUUUAUUGUGACGCAAUGAUAAGUUUACUUUUGGACAACAAAAGUGUUGAUGUGAGUUGGUUAUUAUAUGCUCCGAUGUUUACUGAUAAUAUUUUUCAGAUUGACACCGUAUUUCAAAAUAUUCGGAAGCAGCGUGCUUCAAUGUUAUCGCAAAGAAUUCACUUCAUUUACUCGAUUUAUGUGGUUCUCGAUUUUAUUCGAGUUAGUUUAUCUGUGACUCAAAAAUUUUCCCUAAAAAAUUAAUUUCAAAUUUCAGAUGCGCUUCAAAAAUAACAAAACAAUGCCAGAAGUUGUGAAAAUUAUUGAAAAUAUUGAAAAACCAAUAAUUCAAGAGUUUUCCAAAUAUUUAUCUGUUGAAACAAAUGAUAUGAGAACAGUUUCGCCAACUUCCACUGAAUUACUUUUUUGA